AUGGCUGUGAAAAAUGUCUCUUCAGUGACUGAGUUUAUCCUUAUGGGAUUAACAGACCAACCUGAGCUCCAGAUGCCCCUGUUUUUUCUAUUUUUGGUGAACUAUGUGGUCACCAUGGUAGGGAAUUUGAGUUUAAUUAAUCUCAUUUGCUUCAAUUCCCACCUUCACACCCCCAUGUACUUUUUCCUCUUCAAUCUCUCCUUCAUAGAUCUCUGCUACUCAUUUGUCUUUACCCCCAAAAUGCUCAUGAGCUUUAAUUCAGAGAAGAAUAUCAUCUCCUUCGCAGGAUGCAUGACUCAGCUAUUUUUCUUCUCCUUUUUUGUUGGCUCUGAGUGCUAUGUGCUGACAGCCAUGGCCUGUGAUCGCUAUGUGGCCAUCUGUAAGCCUCUUCUGUACACCAUCACCAUGUCCCCUCAGGUGUGUUCUCUGCUGAUGUCUGGUUCAUAUGUGAUGGGGUUUGCUGGUGCGAUGGCUCACACAGGGUGCAUGAUGAGGCUGACAUUUUGUGACUCCAACAUCAUCAUCCACUAUAUGUGUGACAUCUUCCCCCUGCUCCAGCUCUCCUGUAGCAGCACCUAUGCCAAUGAGCUCGUGUCUUCAAUUGGUGUGGGCAUAGUUGUCAUAGUUUCUAGUCUCAUUAUCUGUAUCUCUUACACUCUGAUUAUUUUCAGUAUCCUUCACAUGUCAUCAGCAAAAGGCUUGUCCAAAGCCUUCAGCACCUGUGGGUCUCAUUUAAUUGCUGUUGGUCUUUUCUAUGGAUCUGGGCUGCUCACUUAUGUGAAGCCAUCAUCUGCUGGGUCUUUGGGACAGAAGUUUUUCUCAGUGCUUUAUACUAAUGUGGUGCCCAUACUGAACCCCCUCAUCUACAGCCUGAGAAACAAAGAUGUCAAACUUGCUCUGAAGAAAACCCUAAAGAGAAUAACAAAGAGAAGAGAACCAGUGGUGCUGCCUUAG